AUGAUUAUCACAGGUGGAGCGUCUAGCGGAUUUCUUGUUUAUAGUUAUCUUUUAACCGACCCAAACGAUGCUAUACUCAUCCCAUCACCAUAUUAUACCAUGAUUGUUCAUCAUAUUUCAGUAUUUACUGAAAAUCAAAGCGUUCGUUGUUCAUUACUUGAACAAGAUACAGGCAAAUUUUAUUUUUCCGUCGAAAUUUUCGAACGUGAAUAUAACGAAGCUCUUGCCAAUGGUCUUCGGUCACGAAUGAUUAUUUUCAUCAAUCUACAUAAUCCUCUCGGUGAUGUCUAUGAUGAAAUGAUGAUUCAACCAGUGCUUGAAUUCGCUGCUAAGAAACAAUUACAUGUCGUCAUUGACGAAAUCUAUUCACUCAGUCUAUUUGCCAAUGAAAAACUAUUUGAAUCCGUGCUUAAUUUUUCCAUAGUCGAUUCAGAACGUACACAUGUUCUUUGGUCGUUUAGUAAAGAUUUUACAUUGAGCGGUGCUCAUGUUGGUAUUAUGUAUGUAGGCACAUCUGAAUUGUGUUCCGUUGCCAGUGAAUUCAAUUUUCUCUUGACACCAUCACGCCAUAUUCAAGCAAUUUUAACAUCACUGCUGGCCGAUCGAACGUGGCUUCGUUCAUACAUCGAGCUUAAUCGUUUGUGA